AUGAUUAGUAAUCUUUGCAAAUCAUUUAAUAAAAUUAAUAUUAGUACCUCAACUUCAUUAAUUCAAUCCUCAAGAAUUAUUGGAUUUAAUAAAAUUAAUUAUACAACAUCAACCAAUGAACUUUUAAAAGAAGAAAUUGAAUUCCCAAUUAUAGAUUUUGAUAGUAAAUCAAAUGUUGGUACAAUUCAAUUAUCAAAAGAUAUAUUUUCAAGACCAUUAAGAAUCGAUUUAUUACACAGAAUGGUUAGAUAUCAAAGAGCAAAAUCACAACAAGGUACUCAUCAAGCAUUAAAUAUGGAAAGAAAGACAAGUUCAAACAAAAAACCAUUUAAACAAAAGGGUACAGGUAGAGCUAGACAAGGUACAAACCAUGCUGUACAAAUGAAAGGUGGUGCUAGAGCUUUCCCACCAACAUCACGUUCACAUGCUCACGAUCUUCCAAAAAAAGUAAGACAACUCUGUCUCAAAGUAGCACUCUCAAGCAAAUUAGCUCAAAAUAAAUUAAUCAUUAUCGACGAAUUCAAAUUAUCUUCACAUAAAACAAAAGAUUUAGUUUCAAAGUUACCACAAGAAUGGGGUCGUUCAUUAUUAGUUGACAAAGAUAUUUCUGAAAACUUAAAUAGAUCAAGUUUAAAUGUCCAAAAAAUUGAUACUCUUCCAGAAAGAGGUUUAAAUGUAUAUAGUAUUCUUCAAAAUGAUACUUUAGUUUUAACUAGAUCAUCAAUUGAAGCUUUACAAUCAAGAUUAUUAAAAUCAUCAUCAUCAGACGAAAAUUAA